UACUGUGCUAUUUUCAUGACUAUUAUCAGUUCGUAAACACUAAUGGGAAAGAGGCUUACUUCCGGUUUGAACGUUACUGCUUGAGUGUAACUUUAUGCAGCUUUGAGGCCUGCUGUGUUUUCAACGGAGGGAGAGUCGAGAAGAAAAAUGGCGUCUGCAGGCGACUCGGAGCGGGACACCGGCCAUUCAGUUUAAGCUUUCCUCCUUUAAACUGAGCCCCGGGCUCUGUGGGGACCUAUUGGGAACCGUCGCCGGACCCGCUAUUUUCGUCCUCCCCGUUUUUCUCCGGAGUGUGCGCCUCUUUCGAGCACCGAGAUUGAAGCGGAACAUAGUAGCUUCUCUCCUACAAUGAGGGGGAGAAGAGGAAGGCCGCCCAAACAAGCAGCCGUGAUGCGGGAAAGCUCACCGGGGCCAGUCCGGGGCUCUCGGGGUGGCAGGACCAGAGGGAUGCGUGGACGGGGAAGAGGCAGAGGACGGGGCCGGGGACGAGGAGGAAGUGGCGGUGUUUGCAGCAUCGGUUCCGUGGAGGUGGAUACUGAUAUCUCCGGCCGAGAGAACUUUCAUUCGUCGCGGGGCCGUAGGAAAGUUGGAGCCUCCAUAGCAGCGGCUGCAGCGGCAUCGCGGGGCAGAGGAAGGGGUAGGGGGUCCAGAGGUGGCCGCGGCAGUAGAGGCGGAGUGAGGCGACCUCAAACCAAGGUGGUCUACGACGACAACAGCGACGAGGAGGAUGAUAAUUUAAGCUACCGUUCUGACGAAGACGAAUUGAACGACAAUCCGUCGUCGGAUCUAGAAGAUGAGGAGGCCUUGGGAAACGAGUCUGACUAUCUGGAGGACCUACCAGAUGAUGAGGAUGCCAGCUACUGUACUGAGAGUAGUUUCAGGAGCCACAGCACGCUCGGAAGCACCCCAGGUCGGAAAAGGAGUCGCGCUCCGCGGCCUCGCUCUCCGCUUCUUGAGGCAAAGGACAUUCCCCCCCUGGAGCUUCCCAAGUCCUCCGAGGACCUCCUGGUUUCUACCUCGCAGCUCCUCAACGUGUCCGCCGUCUACGAGGUGCUGCGCAACUUCGGCACGGUGCUGCGCCUCUCGCCGUUCCGCUUCGAGGACUUCUGCACGGCACUGUCCAGCCAAGAGCAGUGCACGCUGCUGGCUGAGACCCACAUCUCUUUGCUCAAAGCGAUCCUCAGAGAGGAGGACACGUCCAACACCACGUUCGGUCCCGCUGACGUCAAGGACUCGGUUAACUCCACGCUGUACUUUGUGGACGGCAUGACCUGGCCGGAGGUGGUGCGGGCGUACUGCGAGAGUGACUCGGAAUACCGCCACAUCCUGCCCUUCCUGGAGAACGAGGACUACCCGUACGAGACGCUGGAGAGCAAAGUGAAAGUCCUCCAGUUUUUGGUGGACCAUUUCUUGGCGACCAACAUCGCCCGCGAGGAGCUGAUGUCGGAAGGUGUGGUUGCGUACGACGACCACUGCAGGGUGUGCCACCGGCUCGGCGAUCUGCUGUGCUGCGAGACGUGCUCGGCUGUUUAUCACUUGGAGUGUGUGAAGCCUCCCUUGCAGGAAGUGCCGGAGGACGAGUGGCAGUGCGAGGUCUGCGUGGCGCACAAGGUGCCCGGCGUGGCGGACUGUGUGCCUGAAUUGCAGAAGACCAAGCCCUUUCUCCGUCAGCUGCCAGUUGGCUUUGACCGGCACCAUCGUAAAUACUGGUUCUUGAAUCGCCGGGUUGUUGUUGAGGAGGACGGCGAGCAAGAAGACAAAGCCAUCUGGUACUACAGCACAAAGGUCCAGCUGGCCGAGCUGAUCGACCGGCUGGAUAAAGAGUACUGGGAGGCCGACCUGUACGCAGCCCUGGAGGAGAUAAGGGACGAGGUGCACACCCACAUGGACAUCACCGAGGACCUCACCAACAAGGCUCGCGGCAACAACAAGUGUUUCCUCACUGCUGCCAAUGAUGAAAUCUUGGAGCGACUGCGAGCUAAGAAGGAGGAAGAGCUGGAGGAGGUGAAGAGACGGGCGGCCGAAGAGGCCCAGAAGGCGCGGCUGGAGAAACAGAAGAAGGAGCAAGACUUGGAGAAGGGAGAAGAGGAGGCCAAGCCGAAGGAUGAAGAACAGGAGGACGGCAAGGCCAAAGAGCGGUCAGUGGAAGACCAGUCAACAAAAGAGGAGGCCAUGCAGGAAAAAAACGACGGAGAGAAGAGCAGCGAAAGUGAAGCUCCGCCCUCCAGCCAAGAAGACGGCGGCGGCGGCGGCAGUGUCGGGGAUGUACCAUCGAUCCCAUCGACAGCUUCUCCUUCACAAACCUCCGUCGGGAGCGGCGGCCUGUCCUCCACUGUGGAGGUUCGGCUAGAGCGAUGCGUCUUUGAGUCGGCGCCCAACAAAACCGAAGGAAACCCAGCAUCUGACUCAGUGCCUGUCAGUGGUGACGGCGUCCCCAGCCUGAGUCAGCCCUCCCAACCCUGUGAAGACAACAGCAACAGCAGCGUAGGAGCCGCCGUCGCUGCCAGGGGCCCGGAGCCCCCAGACUUGGCUGAUAGAUCAUCCCAGUCAUCCCUGGCGAGCCUCGAUGACGCAGGGGACAGCAAAGACUCGACCAACAGCGAGACGGCAGGCGGCAGCAGUAAGAGGUCCUCAGCGACGCGCAUGGUGACGCGCCUGAGGAACCCAGAGAGCAAGCUGAGCCAGCUGAAGAGUCAACAGGUCGCAGCUGCUGUUCAUGAGGCCAACAGGGGCUUUAAGGAGGGCAAAGAGGUGUUGGUGGUGAACGCCCAGGGCGACAUCACCCGGGUCAGCACACGGAGCAGCAAGGAGGUGGUGAUGAAGGGAACCAUCAGCCAGUUCUUCAAGCUGGGUCAGGAGGGGAAGUACCGCGUCUAUCAUAACCAGUACAGCGCCAACGCCUUGGCCCUCAACAAGCACCAGCACAGAGAGGACCAUGACAAGAGGCGACAUCUCUCCCAUAAGUUUUGUAUGACGCCAGCAGGAGAGUUCAAGUGGAACGGGUCCAUUCAUGGUUCUAAGGUUCUGACCAUCUCCACGUUAAGACUCACCAUCAUCCAGCUUGAGAACAACGUUCCGUCUCCUUUCAUGCAUCCAAACUGGGCCUCACACAGGACCAACUGGAUCAAAGCAGUUCAGAUGUGCAGUAAGGCCAGAGAGUUUGCUCUGGCCCUGGCCAUUCUGGAGUGUGCCAUCAAACCUGUGGCGAUGCUGCCUGUCUGGAAAGAUUCACUGGGUCAUACCAGGUUGAACCGCAUGACGUCCAUGGAGCGUGAAGAGAAAGAGAAGGUGAAGAAGAGAGAAAAGAAGCUGGAGGACGAGGAGACAAUGCAACAAGCAACCUGGGUCAAGUACACCUUUCCAAUCAAGCACCAGGUGUGGAAGCAGAAGGGAGAGGAGUAUCGUGUUACAGGCUACGGAGGUUGGAGUUUUAUCAGUAAGACCUACGUACCUCGGUUUUCCCCAAAGCUUCCUGGAAACACCAACGCCAACUACCGCAAAGAACUGGAAGAUGCUAAACUGGGCAAGAGAUGUACCUUGUUGGACUUGAGCCGACGACCCAGUUUAGUUGGAUUGGGAGCUCAGGACGGUCCUGCGUCAAGCAGUGAAACCAAGGAGCAAGACUCCACAGGUCUCUCCAGAAAAGCUGCGGAAGACGCGGAAUCUAUGGAGAGGAUGGAGCAAGACGAGAACGAAGAACCAGAAGAAAAGAAGCCAGCAGGUUCACCUGUAAAGAUGGAAGGGGAUCCCACAGACUCCGCGUCAAAGGAACAAAAGUCCAGUAUUCAGGAGCACAAAGCUGCCAUAAAAGAGGAGCCUUCAGACCCUUCUCAGCGCCCCUUCAACUACGACGUCGUAGACGUCAGCAAGGGCUUCCUCACCCGUGUUGCUUACAAGAAGAAAGUGAAGACCUCCAAGCUGGACAGCCUGCUGGAGCGCAGAGUGAAGCAGCACACGAUCGAAGAGAAGCAGAGGCAGCAGGUUUCCGCAUCCAGACCGCUGGCACCGGCGCCGGCUUCUCCUUGUUCAGCCCCCAUCCCAAGCACUCCGAUCCGGCCUCGGUCGCCGCUCAAGCCGCAGAAUCUCGCACAGACACAACUUGUAAACAAGGAAGCUGUGAAAGUGGAAGAGAAACUUUCUACGGCACAAACGGGGGCAACAAGAGCCGGAGGACCAGAGGAAGGAGAGAGUGUGACUGAACUCUUUAAUCCUUCUCCUUCCUCUGUGUCGAACUGCAGCCCCAAAAACACUUGCAAUACAGGUACAGGUGAAGGUUCACCACAAAGUCAAACUGCCUCCAUGCUCCAGGAUCACUUGGAGGAAAGGACUACAGGGCAUAAAGAAAACUGCUCUGAAGGUUCUGGACAAGAAGCUAUUAAGCUGUCAGAUGAGCAAGAGAAAAAAGUGAGGGGGUCUAAUAGCUCUUUAGGGCAACAAACAGCCUGUGUUGCAUCAGAUGAAACCAAGGCGGAACAUUCUUUAAAUGCAGAGUCCAACUCUGUGACAACACUUCCACGUGUUGUCGACCAAAAUACCAGUGAAAACGGAUCUCCUGUUAAAACCUCAGACUCUCUGGAUUCUGCGCACUCAGAGGAAAAUGGCUUUGGGCCAGAGGAGACCCAAGGAAACUCGCAGGGCUUUGGACACAACGGAACCAUAGGGGAAGACAUUUCCAAGCCGAUUUCGCCCGUGCCUCAAGUGAACGGGAAUGGCGGUUUGGUUGGCGAAAACGUACUGAGUAACUCUGUAAUGAGCUUGAACAAUGGUGUGCUCACCGACAGGCCCCAGCCCAACAUGAACAGCAUCGGGAAGGCCGAGGAUCAAAGGCUGGUGGUCUCGUCGAAAGAUGGCGCACAGCAGAAGCCUUUAGUGAACGGAGACUUGGCCUCGGUAAACGCCACGGUCAUUUUAAAAGGAAAAGAGGCACAUUCAGAUUCUGAGGCAGAGGGAAAGAUGACUACACUGGACCAGAAUUACAGCCCUCCGCCGAAGAUGGCAAAGCUUGAGAACAGCACAGACAAAUUUGGAGGCAACGCCAGGAGCAAUCUGGAGAACGACAGCACCUCGGCUUUUUAUCCCGAGGAGACCAAACGCGCUCCUGCCGUGAAGAUCAUCAGAAUGGCUCCUUCUCCCAUUCCCUCACCUGAGGAGUCCAGUCUGAGUGACGACUUCGCGGAGGAGAACAGCAACAGUGGGUCAGCGGAUCCAUUCAAGACCAUCAUCACUCAGGUAACCACAACCUCCACCAAAACGACAGUAGUCUCUACGGAGAUGAGGACGGCGAAAAGCCCGGGUGUGGUGACGACGAAGAGCAGCGCAGUUUCGACCCUUUCCAGCAUGACCAAAACGACAAUGACCAAAGUUUGCUGCUCUGGACUCGACGGUCUGUCUGAAGACAGCCAGAGCGAAACACUGGUGCAGGAGCAGAGAAUGACGCACUCGUCAUGCACCCGGGAAUCUGGUGCAGGUGGUAAAACUACAGUGUCGUCUGUCUCCACGAGCCACGAAGAGUGUUCGACGACGAAAGGACGCGUGCGCCUUCUCAAAUUCUCGCGCACGAAGAAGACGCGCUCCGACACAGCUCUUCCUUCUUACCGCAAGUUCAUCACCAAGAGCGCCCGGAGGAGCAUCUUUGUUCUGCCGCAUGACGACUUGAAGGUGCUGGCGAGGCGAGGAGGAUUCCGCGAGGUGCCGGUGUUCAGUUACAACGCCAAGCCAGCUCAGGAUAUUUGGCCGUACCCUUCACCCAGACCUACGUUUGGCAUCACUUGGAGGUACCGGCUGCAGACGGUGAAGUCCCUGGCUGGAGUGAGCCUCAUGUUGAGGCUCCUAUGGGCCUGUUUGAGGUGGGACGAUAUGGCCGUGAAACCGUCUGCCGCCGUAGGCACGACGCGUACAGCCCUAUCCCCACUCAUUGCAACAGAGACCUCGGAUACCGAAAUCACCACCACCGAGAUCAUAAAGCGGCGUGACGUGGGACCCUACGGCAUCCGCUCAGAGUAUUGCAUCCGCAAAAUCAUCUGCCCUCUCGGCGUUCCUGAGACGCCGAAAGAAACACACACUCCUCAGAGGAAAGGUCUGCGCUCCAGCGCUUUGCGUCCCAAGAAGCCCGAACCCACAAAGCAGACCGGCCCAGUGGUGAUCGAGACAUGGGUGCCUGAGGAGGAACUGGACCUCUGGGAGAUAAGGGCCUUUUCAGAAAGGGUGGAGAAAGAAAAGGCCCAGGCAGCAGAGCAAGCCAAGAAACGUCUCGAGCAGAAGUCCGGCUCCGUCACAGCCACGCCGGCCGGGACUUCCGCCACGCCUGCCGCCACGCCCAAAGUCAUCGUCGGCUCAAUUUCCGGCCAGGGCACCCCCACUGCCAAGGUGGUGCUGUCCACCAAGAUGGGCAGUCCUGUCACAUUCCAGCAGAACAAAAACUUCCAGCAGUCCUUCGCCACCUGGGUCAAGCAGGGUCAAAGCACGCAAGGAUCAGGCGGCGAGACCCCGGUCGCCACUUCCAGUGGGCACACUUUACACAUCACAGGGACCUCGGCCAGCGGAAAAGUCGUGACAGCGAAGCUGCCGCUCCCCGCAAACAGCAAGAUCGUCACAGUCAACGUGCCAACGACGCAGGGAGGUGUGGUUCAACAGAAAGUGUUGGGGAUCAUCCCGUCCAGCACAGCAGGAGGCGCCCAAACCUUCACCCCAUUCCAGCCCCGCACGACCACCCUCAACAUCAAGCCCGGUGCCCCCGGCUCCCACCAGCAGGUUCUAGGUGGUGCUGGUCAGAUCCGUCCAGGAAUGACGAUGAUCCGAACUCCAAUCCAGCAGUCCGGAGCUGUUGGGAAGACGAUUCUCCGCACGCCCCUUGUGCUCCAGCAGGGUCAGGGCGGACAGCAGGUAGUGACGCAGAUCAUCCGUGGCCAGCCUGUUUCCACAGCAAUAUCGGCUGCCGGCGCCGUCACCGCGGUAACAGGUCAGGGAGUGACCGGCCCCAGCGCCGCGGGACAGGCAGCUGGCCAAACACCGCCCGGCACCCCGCGGGCGCCAGGCCAGGGCCAGGUUAAACUCACCAUGGCCCAGCUCACGCAGCUCACACAGAAGCAACAAGCUGGAUCCGGUUUGGAGCGACCAGCUGGCGUUGGUGGUUCACAGGCCCUGACUGUGAUGGUUCAGGGCCAGGGUCAGACCACCGGCCAGCUGCAGGUCAUUCCCCAGGGGGUCACCGUCAUUCCAGGACCUGGCCAGCAACUCAUGCAAGCAGCCCUGCCGAACGGCCAGGUGCAGCGCUUCCUCUUCACCCCGCUGCCCUCCGCCGCCACGCCCACGUCAAGCACAGCCACUUCGUCUCCCAGCCAGCCCAACUCCACGGCGAGCAAAACCGCAACCCAAGCCGCGCAGCAGGCUGCCGCUCCGAUCCAAGUCGGGGCGACCCCUCUCUCCACCACUGCCGGCAGCGCUUCGUCCACAACCCAUCAGGGCCAGUUACCCCCGCAGACCCAGGCCCACAUGCCUGUCCAGUCCCCAACUUCACUGCAGGUCAAAGGUCAGGGGGGAACCGCACAACUCCAGCUGCAGCAGACGCCCCAGCUCAUCAGUGUGUCCGGACUCCCACAGCAGGUUCUGGCACAGCUCCAGGCCCAGCAGGGGGGAGCCUCUCUGCCUCAACACAUCAAGCUGCAGCUUCCCAUCCAGAUACAGCAGAGCGGGACCACCUCAGCCCAGGGAGGACAGAUUGGAAAUGUGGUGACCAUCCAGACGGCGUCAGUCCAAGAGCAGCUGCAGAGAAUCCAGCAGCUCCGAGAGCAGCAGCAGCAGAAGAAGAGGCAGGCGGCAGACGCCAAGAGGGAGCUCGCCCUGAAUGCGGCCAACCAGAGCGACAUUAUACAGAAGCAGGUGGUCAUGAAACAAAACGCUGUGAUCGAGCACCUUAAGCAGAAGAAGACCAUGACACCUGCAGAACGAGAAGAAAAUCAGAGGAUGAUUGUUUGCAACCAGGUGAUGAAGUUCAUUCUGGACCGGAUUGACAAAGAUGAAAGACAGGCAGCUAAGAGGAAGAAGAAGGAAGAGGUUGUGGAGGCCAAGAGGAGGAUGGCUAACGCUAGUAAGCUUUCCGCGCUCCUUUACCGACACAAGGAGAGCCUCAAGAUGGAGAUCCUGAAAAAACGAGCGCUUCUCGACAAGGAGCUGCAGCUGGAGGCUCAGGAGGAGCUAAAGAGGGAUCUGCUGCGGAUUCGGAAAGAGAAGGAAAAGGCUCAGGCUGCGGCCCAACAGGCGGCCCAGGCCGCCGCAGCAGCCGCCGCCCACAGUCAGAAGCAGCAAGCUGCAGCUCACAAGCACGGCGUCUCCUCCCAGCACCACCUCGCCACCGCCGUUGCCUCAACGCACAAGAGGAAACGGGAGGAGGAGAGGGAGAUGGUGUCGGCGGCAAAGUCCAAGAAGAAGAAAAUGAUCUCGACUACAAGCACAAAGGAGAGCAAGAAGGAUACGAAGCUCUACUGCAUCUGCAAGACGCCCUACGACGAGACCAAGUUUUACAUCGGCUGUGACCUUUGCACCAACUGGUAUCACGGUGACUGUGUGGGCAUCACGGAGAAGGAGGCCAAAAAGAUGGACGACUACAUCUGCGUGGAGUGUAAACGGGGCCAAGAGAGCAGCACAGAGGAGCUGUACUGCAUCUGUCAGACGCCUUACGAUGAGUCCCAGUUCUACAUCGGCUGCGACCGAUGUCAGAACUGGUACCACGGUCGCUGUGUGGGCAUCCUGCAGAGCGAGGCCAACCACAUCGACGAGUACGUCUGUCCGCAGUGUCAGUCCACCGAGGACGCCAUGACGGUCUUCACCCCGCUCACCGACAAGGACUACGAAGGCCUGCGACGGAUACUGCGCUCCUUACAGGCACAUAAAAUGGCUUGGCCCUUCCUGGAACCAGUAGAUACUAAUGACGCCCCUGAUUAUUACAAGGUCAUCAAGGAACCAAUGGACCUGUCCACCAUGGAGGAGAGGUUACACAAGCGGGACUACGUCAAGCUGACCGAGUUCGUAGCAGACAUGACCAAAAUCUUCGACAACUGCCGGUACUACAACCCCAGCGACUCGCCGUUUUACCAGUGUGCCGAGGUUCUGGAGAACUUCUUCGUCCAGAAGCUCAAAGGCUUCAAAGCCAGCAGGUCACAUAACAACAAGCUACAGUCAGCUGCAUCUUAGCUUCUGCUUAAAAUCCCAGUGUCGCAUCUCUGAUUGGUUAGGACGUGUUGUCAGCGGACCCCUCCCCCCCGCCUAUCGGUGUCGCUCCACCACCUGACCAUACAUCCACACCAGUCACUCCCUCCAGCGUACGAGAAGGAGGAAGAUGGGAAUGAAGGAGACAAGAUGAUGGAUGAAAUUAAGAUAAUUGGAUGCGGAAUGGCCGCCUAACCUCACAGAUUCCUUCUGGAUGAUUCAGCUUUACGCGCUGAAAGUCGGUCAGAUGGGUUCACUGUGUCGGAUCACGAUACAUUUAACUCAAGUUCAUUUAGCAGAGCCUACCAAAAGUAUUCCUCCCCCCCUUUUUGAGCGUUUGAUCACAUCUACGGACUUCAGUGUGUUCUGUUGGGAUUUUGCAACAGGUCAACAUAAAGAAGCACAUCGUCGUGACGGGAAACCAAACUGUUGAGAAAGUUAUUCACUCGCUUUGUAGGUUUCAGUUUAAAGCCAUCGUUUCAUUUUACAAACAUGUUUAUUUUCACUGGAAGUAAUUUAGCAGUUUUCGUCACCAAAAGACCUUCAGACGUACAAAAACCUGUUCAGCAGUUAUAAUAAGUGUCUCAAUUUUUAAUUCCAUUAAAAUGAGCUCCACUGAUAACUGUGAAGAUUAUUAUUUUUCUUUUUUUUUUUUUUUUUCAAAUAAAAGGU